CCAAGAUGAUGACGGGCUAUCCCAGACAGAGGCACCCCGCACUGUGGGAGACGGCUCAGGGAGAAAAGUGCCCUGCUCCAUGAAGAAUCCUUUCUUUGGACAAGAACAGAUGGAAACUAUUUCUAUCCCAGGUGGGUGGUGUUGAUCAUUUUGGGGACAGGACAAGAGUAAGGAGAGGAUAUUUGGGACCUGGGAUGGGAUAGGCUUGCUUGGUGCAUGUUUUUGAUGAAGGUAGCAUUUGCUGCGACUUUCCCCAUACUUGUGUUUUGCAUGAGGGCUGUUGUGGUUUUGGCCUGGAAAGAAAAACAGGAAAAGAAGAGAGUAUGGAAGGCCAAGGAAGAAAAGGAAAAAGCGAAGCCAAAGAAUCACUCAUGAAAGCUUGGCUGUUUUACUUCUUUUCAGCCGGAAGGAAGGAAUUAUACGAGCGAGACUGGAGAAAUGCAGAGUUAUAUGCUGUGGCUGCUUCUCUGGAUCCAGACACAGCUCAUCCCAAGCUCAUCAUAUCUGAGAGUAGAAGACAUGUUUCUUCAAUAGGCAACGUCCCUCAGAACUGUGAUGCCCCAACACACCACGGGCCAGGAGAAUAUGGAACCGUCCUCAGCUUUCUGGGUCAGAAUUGCUUUACCGCAGGGAGACAUUAUUGGGAGGUAGAAGUAAAUAUGGGGACAGACGUUGGGCCAGGAAUGAUUUGGGCUCUGGGUGUUUCCUCAGAUACAGUGAAGAGAGAGAGGUGGUUUGCAGAAAGUCCAGAGAAGGCUUUCUGGGUGGUGGCGUACCAGGAAGGGAAAGUCAUGGCUCUCACCUCCCCGUCAGAAUCUCUGUUGCUGCGGCAGCGCCCCACAGGACAGGAGUGUUCCUGGACUGGGGGGCUGGGGCUGUGUCCUUGUACAACACGGUGGGUGGAUGCCACAUCUAUUCCUUCACUGGAGUCACCUUCUGUGGAAUGUCCAACCUUAUGCUAGUCUUCAGGGGGCUGCCACAUCUGUGACCAUCUGCACUGCUUCCAGUCACAGUGAAAAUUGUCCUGAUUCUCUCCAGUGACCUCUGUAACUCCUUUAAGUAGUUGUGAUACAAGCGAACUCUCUAUUUCACCUCAAGAGGCAAAUGUUUGAGUCCCUAGGCACCUCUGCUGCCUCCACUCCAGCUUCUUACGGGUGUGUUCUCCGGGUAGAGAGUGGUUAAGGGAAUUCCAUUUCAGUAUAGGUUUGAUUCCAGGCUUUUCCACAGAGAGAGAGGCAGAAAGAGAAACGAGACAACUGGAAGAUGCCAAGGGAAUUUCCUUACUGUUACCAUCAGGGAAAUGCAGUCUCUCUGUGGGCAAUAACAGUUUGUCACAAGAAAAUUCUAAACAAGUGCCUGCAUCUCUCUUCUGUCUUCU